AUGGUUGCACAAAACUCACCAGAAAACUCAUCAGAUCAGAAAACCAGUUGUUCCACGCUCCGGAGAGCAAAAGAUGAAGAAAUAGCACAUCACGCUGUCGUCUGCCAUGCUGAGCAAGCGCGUAUUUACCGGAAGUUGAGCAACAGUGAUGAGGAAAGAAAGCAAUACGCCGUCGCCGCCAAUAUCCUUGAAAAGGCAUUUCAACAGGAAGCAAACAACAGGAGUCGCUGUAGAACACCCCAGGCAACGGCAAAAGUUGAGUGUAAUUGGCGUCAUGUGGAGGUAUGCUUUCUUGCGAUCCUGCCCGUCUACAAAGCGAUAUUGUUCGGAAUGCAUGCUGUUCGAGGGUAUCCUUCAUGCACUAAUGCACCCAGAUAA